AUGUCCUGUUGCACCCAGCAUGAUGAAUACCAUGCAAGAGUAGACACUCAUUCCGUCCUCAGGUAUAUCCUGAACGCCUACUAAGGGCUCGGCACUCUGCGCUAAGCCCAGAAGAUAGAUCUCAGUGUACCAGACAGAGCCUGCCUCCUGCUGUCCUUGACUUAACGUUCCAGCCAAAUAUGCGUUGACUUUCGUAGCCCAGUAGCCCAGUAAAAGAACGGCCCACCCUGUACCACUUAAGCAGGAUAAAGAAUCAUAAGAUGCGCCACGGCACUUGCAGCUCUCUUCAGAAGAAAACUCACUAGUGCUCUGCUCUUGCUCUCACACCAAACCUUCUGGCUUCUGCUUUGGUGCUGCAACCCUCGAAGAAUUGCACCCGGGCUCCAGGAAUACCUUUUGUGCGUUUGAGUGGUUCUUUUGUGGAUGGCAAAUUAUUUGAGUCUUAAUAAUUACUCUGUUUUAAAGCGAUCUCUAGUCUGAACUGCUUAAUAAGUCGGGCCACAUACCAAUGAGCCACACAGCCAGCCCGGGUCAGGAGCUGGUGGCAAACUGUGCCGCACGUGUAGCAGGAAUGGCCCAAGAAGACGGCCGUCGCGGUCAAGUGCCAUCUACCUUUUAUCAUGGUGCCAACCAAGAACUCGACCUGUCCACCAAAGUGUACAAAAGGGAGUCAGGAAGUCCGUACUCUGUGCUGGUGGACACCAAGAUGAGCAAGCCACAUCUCCACGAAACAGACGAACAGACGUAUUUCAGGGAGACCAGAGCAGUGUCUGACGUGCAUCCUGUUAAGGAAGACCGGGAGAAUUCCGAUGACACGGAAGAGGAGGAGGAGGAGGAGGAGGUCUCUUACAAAAGGGAGCAGAUCAUAGUGGAGGUAAACCUUAAUAAUCAAACAUUAAAUGUCUCUAAAGGGGAAAAGGGUGUCUCUUCUCAGUCCAAAGAGACUCCUGUUCUUAAGACAAGCAGCGAGGAGGAAGAGGAGGAGAGUGACGGGGAGGCCACCGAUGACAGCGACGACUAUGGGGAGAACGGCAGGCAGAAGAAGAAGGAGAAGCCGGCCGAGAAGGCCAGCGUCGCACAGAGGCGAACGAGGAGGGCCAGCUCGGUGGCUGCCGCCGCCGCUUCCCCGACGCCCAGGACCACGAGGGGGCGCGGGAAGAGCGCGGAGCCCCCCAAGAGGAAGAAGCGGGCAGCCAAGGAGCCCAGAGCCCCGGCCCAGAAGGCUAAGUGUGAGGAGAAGGAGACUCUGACCUGUGAGAAGUGCCCCAGGGUGUUUAAUACUCGCUGGUACCUGGAGAAGCACAUGAACGUUACUCACAGGCGCAUGCAGAUCUGUGAUAAGUGUGGCAAGAAGUUUGUCCUGGAAAGUGAGCUGUCCCUUCACCAGCAAACAGACUGUGAGAAAAAUAUUCAGUGUGUUUCCUGUAACAAAUCGUUCAAGAAGCUCUGGUCCCUCCAUGAACACAUCAAGAUCGUCCAUGGGUACGCAGAGAAGAAGUUUUCCUGUGAAAUUUGCGAGAAGAAAUUCUAUACCAUGGCUCACGUGCGGAAACACAUGGUUGCACACACGAAAGACAUGCCGUUUACAUGCGAAACCUGUGGAAAGUCGUUCAAACGCAGCAUGUCCCUCAAGGUGCACUCCCUGCAGCAUUCUGGAGAGAAGCCCUUCAGAUGUGAGAACUGCGACGAGAGGUUCCAGUACAAGUACCAGCUGCGUUCGCACAUGAGCAUCCACAUCGGCCACAAGCAGUUCAUGUGCCAGUGGUGCGGCAAGGACUUCAACAUGAAGCAGUACUUCGAUGAGCACAUGAAGACGCACACUGGAGAGAAACCCUUUAUCUGUGAAAUCUGCGGCAAAAGCUUCACCAGCCGCCCCAACAUGAAGAGGCACCGCAGAACUCACACAGGCGAGAAGCCCUAUCCGUGCGACGUGUGCGGCCAGCGCUUCCGCUUCUCCAACAUGCUUAAGGCCCACAAGGAGAAGUGCUUCCGGGUGACCAGCCCCGUGAACGUGCCGCCCGCGGUCCAGAUCCCCCUCACGACCUCCCCGGCCACCCCCGUGCCCUCGGUGGUGGCCACGCCCACGACGCCCACAACGCCCACGCCUCCGAUCAGCAUGAGCCCCAGGCCAGGGCGAGGACACCUUCCUGCGGCACCUGGCCGAGAAGAACGGGGCCGCGCAGCACCACUGACCCCGCCUCCUUGCGCGUGGAGCCCACGCGCGGCCGUCAGACCCGCCCCCCCCACAUCCACGGCAGGGGAGCAGCGAGAAGGCCACCUGGAGCUCGCGGAGGGGACUGUCCACCUAAACCAGGGGAACCAACCACCGAACUGAAGCCCGAUUUGCUUGCAUUUUCUGGUGACUUUUAUACAUUUCAAAUACUCAGACUUGGGGAAUUUUCUAAUUUGUAUCAGCCGAUGAGGUAUGCUUGCUUUUCUACCCCGGACUUCUCCUCCGAGAGGGGACAAGGCCCGGUCUCCUUUGUACUAAUCGGGAAGGCUGUGGGACUAAGCCGGAGCAUUAAUUGUAUCACUGUGUAUGGUAACCAGUUCCCAGCUUUUCCCAGUAUAUCAAGCAUUAUAGAGAAGGACAGACCGCUCCUUCGUGUAGCUCUCCUCACGCACUCUUUAUUUUACUACAGAAAUUAUUUUAGAGUUUUUGUAUAGACUUCUUUAGUAGGUCUGUUUCUAAAAUGAAAUGUAUUUCAAUAAGCGGUGUAAUUUUUUCAGUGUAGCUGGGCCUAUGUUGUAAAAUAGAAAAAAAAUUUUUAUAAUCAUCCAAAUGUGAUUCUUAAAGAUGCAUAUAACUUC